AUGAGCAUCAAAAGCAAGACACGAAUAUACAAAACUUGUAUCAGACCGAUAAAGACUUACGCGGCAGAGACAAACGCAGAGUCCACGAUAACAGAACGUAUCAUGAGAACUACAGAAGUAAAGACGCUACGAACUAUAACGGAGAACUCACUAAAAGGUAGAAGAAGUAACAAAGAGAUAGGAGAAGAAUGUGAGACCCAAUGCGGGGUAAAGUGGAUAAGAAGGAAAAGUGUGGAAAGGAUGAACGACAGUAGGCUGCCGAAAGUAGCAAAAACAGAAAAAAUAGGGACAACAAGACCACCUGGAAGACCUCGAAGAAAGUGGAAUGAAAGCUGGAUAUCAUCAUCACAAGAUAGACAAACGCCCUAA